AGCGCCAAGUUUAUCGUUUACAUGAAACGACAAGUUCGGUUUUGCCGGAACCGAGUCGAAAGUUUUAAAAAAGUUUACGAUCUGGAUCGAAUUGCAAAGUUUUAAUGUAAGUGUGCAGUUUCUAAUUAAUUUUCCAGAACAGCAUGCUUUGGGACUCGGUUUUAUGACGCUGUGUAUCACAGUUUCAUGUUCCUCUCGCUUGCUGCUUCCUACGCGACAAAUUUAUUAAAUUGUUCUGAUUUCCUCAUUCUCUCCUGGGUUCCUACGUCUUUUAAAUAUUGGCGUUUUUAUUGUAAGCGAGAAUCUACUGAAUCAUCGUAGCGAAAGUUUAACUGGACCAUUACUUUUUCCAUCAGACAACUGCUUUGCUCUAACCACAUGUCAGGAUUCAAUCAGAACCCAGGUAUGGGCGGAAAGAACCCACCCUGGGCCCGCUCUACCUCAAAUAAUGUAGCAACGAAUGCAAUAAAUUCGGCAGCUCUUUCUCUCUACCAGCAUAUUGCACAGGCAUCUUUACAACUGCAAGCAGGUUUGCAAAACAAUCAACUAGGAUAUCCCCAGUUUUCUGGAGGUGCUCAAGUUAAUCAAGACUCUAACCAAUCUACGGCUGUGGGUGCGUUUAAUCCCUUGAAUCUGGUCAGAUAUCCAACCCCAGCAACCAGUGCCUACCAGUCGACAGGAUCAAACACAUCAAAUGCCGCAACCCGUUCUCAGCCAGUUCAAGGAAAUCAAAAUACAUCCAACACAUCACAAAAGGCGCAGAACAGAGUUUUCACAGGGACUGUCACCCGCAAGCAGGAUAACUUUGGAUUCAUCGAUGAUGAUGUUUUCUUCCGCUCAACGGCUGUUCAAGGUAGAGAUCCAUCCGUCGGUGAUACAGUUUUGGUAGAGGCAUCGUACAAUGAUGCCAUGCCAUUCAAGUGGAAUGCUACUAGAGUGCAGGCCAUCAACUCAGGACGAAGUGGGCACACAAGAUUCAGUGAUGCAGCACCGGCCUAUAAUUCCUCAGCUUCUAAUAUGAAUUAUUCUGAGUCUCGAAACCAAGACUCUAGAGGAAGAGACAGACGCAGCCGUGAUGGAGUCGUUGUUAACCGUCGAAAUGAUGACAGGCGUUCUGACAACUAUGUUCAAUCCAGAGAUGCUGACCAAAGAACGCGUGACAAUCGACGUUCAAGGCAUUCGCCCCCUGAGAAAGAAAAAUCCAAUCGGGAUGCAAGAGAUCGCUCGCGAGAUAAGGACCGUUCUAGGCGCUCUCCUGUUUUUAGCCGAUCAAAAACUGCACCUCGGUACCAAGUCCAAGUUCCUAGAAUAUCCCUGGACAUGCAAGAUGUGGAUGUCAUGGAACUGCACCGACGCUAUCCUAACAUGUACAUCCCUUCGGACUUCUAUCUAGGAGAAUAUCGCUGGGUCGAUCAGUUCCCGCCUCUCAGUCCUUUUGAACUCGACCACCCCUGCAACUUCCAUAUCAUGAAAAAAGAUGUUAGUCCAGUACAUAAAAUUGACGCGGUUUUGGAGCCUCCCGAUCUUGACUACCUCUACUGCGCAAAGGUAAUGUUGAUCAGUAUGCCAAGCAUGGAGGAAAUAUUCCGAAAGUGCAUUGUCCCAACCGAGGAUUUGGAGAAAGAUGAAUAUCCAAGCGUUGCUCAUGCAUCCCGUCAACUGAACUUCCUUGUUGGCAAUAAAGGUAAAAACGAAGCCAUGGCAAUUGGUGGCCCAUGGAGCCCCUCGUUAGAUGGCCAAAACCCAGAUAAGGAUCCAUCAGUAUUAAUCAGAACUGCCAUCAGAACGUGCAAAGCGUUGACUGGAAUUGAUCUCUCCAACUGCACUCAGUGGUAUCGUUUUGUCGAGAUUCACUACCAGCGAGGCGACACAAUCCACAAAGGCAAGCAUAUUCCUGCUCGUACGGAAACCGUGGUUUUGUUUCUGCCGGAUGUUUGGUCCUGCAUUCCAACACAGCUGGAAUGGGACAAAAUUAGAAGUGACUAUAAGAAGUUUGUUGAAAAAUCUGUAGAGCCUGAAAAAGCGGCACCUGCAGUUUCCAAGGUCAGCCCUGCUCCAGAGGUCAAGCAGCCAUCCUCUCCCAAAACGCCAGACGAUGAAAAGGAAACAGACCAGAGCAUGGAAGUCGAUUCUGGGACUCCAGCAGAAAAGCAAGACCCCACUCAUUAUUCUCAGUUAGACCCAAAGAAUAUGAAGGUUCAGCAUUUGAAGGAUGAACUUGAAGCGCGAAAUUUGUCCUCUAAAGGUUUGAAGUCCCAGCUAACUGCUCGCCUUUUGAAAGCUUUAAAAGCUGAAGAAGAGGAGGCCAAGAAGAAAGAAGAUGAGGAAAAAGUGACAGAAACUCCGAAAGAAGAAGAGAAGAAAAAGGAAUCUGAUAGUUGGACUGUGGUGGAUAGCUGGAGCUCCGUCGAUGACAAAUCAUCCUCUCGCGGAGAUAAGGAUGAAGACAAGAAGGACAAAGAAAAACUAAAGGCAUCUUUAGAGAAAAAAUACUCUCUCCCUGAGUUCCCGCACAUGAUUGUGUAUCCCUCAUCAAUAGCUAAAAGUGGAAAAUUUGACUGCUCCUUAAUGUCGCUCUCCUUGUUGCUAGAUUAUCGGCCAGACGACAAUAAGGAACACCUCUUUGAGAUAUCUCUUUUUGCAGAAUUGUUCAAUGAGAUGCUCAUGAGAGAUUUUGGAUUCUUGAUUUAUCAUGCCUUACUCAGUGCUCCCAACCGAGCUAAAGAAGAAGACAAGAAAAAGAAUGAAGAAAAAAAGAGCAGCUCAGUAGAAUCUGAGAGAAGAGACAAGGAGAAAGAAAAGGAAAAAGAUAAUGACACUGAGAAAGAUAAAAGUAAAGAGAAGGAAAAAGAUAAGGAGAAAGAGAAAGAAAGAGAAAAGGAUAAGGAGAGGGAAAGAGACAGGGAAAAAGAGAAAAAGCAAGAGAAAGUCAAGUAUCUCACAGCGAACAAAAAAUUAUUACUAGCAUUCAGCUAUUUUGACACGAGCGGCUGUGGAUACAUCAUGGAAAAAGACUUAGAAACUUUGCUGUUUUCCCUUAGUCUCAGUCUUUCUCGGUCACAGGUGAAAAAAUUAUUGAGUAAAGUUGUCAAGCGGGAUGUUUUGACGUAUCGAAAAUUAACGGACAAACCUGUGGAUGAAAAGAUUGAAGAAAAAGAAGCUGUAAUUGAUGACAAUGAUCCUAACCUCAUUGAAAAAAUUGCCUCUCAGUUAGCCGCAGGGAAAAAACGCAAGUCAUUAAUCGUCAGUGAUCACUGUUUGAAAAAAUCCAGGAGUUCCUCCAAAGAAGAGAGCAAUGAAGAUGGAGAGUCAGAUUUUAUUAAUUACAAAGGUUCUCUCAUUAACGUCGAAAACAUCACUUUGCAACUGAAACGGAGCGAAAAUGCUAGACUAGAAACAGAAAAUGCACUAACCAAACUGAAAGCCGAUUUUGGUGACAGAGAGAAAGAUCUGGCAGAUUCGAAAGAAAGGGUCAGAGCUCUGCAAGAAGAAUGUAAGAAGUUUACUGAUCAGCUAGCAGCAGUCACCACGAAGUGCUUAUCCUUAUCUACGGAGAAUGAGAAGUUGACAGCUGCUGUUCUACUAGUUCACAACAUAACAAAACCAUUCAUCAUACCCCAGGAAGGAUUCCUGAGUUCAAAUGAAACAGAUCUCAACUUAAUCGCUGUCAAAGACAUCAAAAAAGAAGCAGUAGAAAGCAGUAAUUCAGCAUGAAUCCAGCUAAUCUUUGAAAGAGGUUCCUCUUUGGUAGCAAUUCAACUCUCGACAGGGUGCUGCAAUUCAGCUAUUCUUUGCAAAAGUAAUCAUGGUUUAAUUUGAUAUUUCUAGCUGUAUCAAGCACAUUGCCAUUGUCAUGAAGGAAAAAUAGGGACUAAUGCUGUUUAUGAUAACACUCGCUGUGAAGCAUUUUAGUGUUCCACUUUAAUCCAUUGUGACCAAACAACUGGUAAUGACCUUAAACUUAUGUAGGUUGUGUUAACAUUCAGUUUUCUUUUAUUUAACUCUUCCCAAGGUUAGCUAAACCCGACAUCAAUUUAAUUUUUUAAAUUAUUUUUUCAUUACAAUCGGUCAGUUUCAAAAUAACUGCAAUCGAAUUUUGAGAGGAACCUUGAGACUUUGUCUCUCCGGCACAAAGGAAAAUAUCGCAAUUGUGCUGUAUCCGUAUUUCUUAAGUACAUUUUAUUUUUUGAAAGGAGAACCAUAAAAUGAACUUUUCUGAAGUUUCUAGAGAUUUUUUUUUACCUUCAUCAGAAAAGACUCAGAGAUUUUUGGACUAAUUUGUGAGAUGGUUCUUCCAUGAAAAAAUAAAGUGUUUGUAGAAGUACUGAAACAGCGCAGACUGGAUAUGAGUGCGUGAGACAUCAACUUAAAGAAAAUACAAAUUAAUAUCAGAAGUGAAACAUCAAACAAAUUUUACCACAUUUGUCUUAAGUUUAUUAAUUUAUCAGCCUCAAGGUUGUUGGUCAUAAUCUUUCUUGAAAAUUUCAAAAACUUGUUUCCUCC